AUAGAGCUUUCAGCACGCCAUUUGACCUGCCAGUUAAGUGAUUCCUGUUUAGAUUAUAGUAAUGAGACAGUACACAAAUAACAAUUACUCCUUCUGUAAUCUGUAAAUGAAUUUUUCGGAAUUUAAAAAAAAGUUUUUAAUUCGAAAAUAUUUUUAAAAAAAUUAAUAAGUAUGCCACUUAGCAAUUGCAUAAAAUUAUAAAGUCAAAUUAAGAUACAAAGUUAUUUCGCUUGGCUUUCUCUACCAUUUCUUUGUUUUCAGUGUGGCGAGCCAUCAUAAAAUGGCGGUUGCCCAGGGCCAGGAGCUCAGUUGGCCAGGAGCCGAAGGUGGACGACCAUGCUGCCCAGUUCGGUGCACAAUGUGAGCCUGGUCUACGCACUCGUCUGGGCCAUCGACCACUAUUAUGGCCAGGGAACGAGCACUCCGCUGGCGGUGGUGCAGUUCGCCACCAGUUGGCGGAGCAGGGGAUUCCACAACGAUCUGAUAGACGCCGCAUUGGGGACUUGCUCCGGAAAGGGGAGGAUCCAGUUCCUGCUCGAAGAUGAUCGCGUUGAGUCAAGCGAAAAGGAGAAGGAGAAGGAGAAGGAGCUUCCGCCGCCGAGUGGAUUGAGUGGAAGGCCGUUCGCCAUUUGGUUUCUGGACAGCCUGCGCUCGUACUUCCGCCUGGAGAUGUACCUCACCCAACUGGGCAGUCCGUACAAGAGGAACGGUUUCUUCCUGGUCGUUUACACCGGCGUGGAGGAGGAGCCCAUGGAGGCCGUCACGAUCAUGUUCCGAAGGCUACUUCACAUGUACGUGGUGAACGUGACCCUGUUGCUCCCGCGGAUGGGGAUUGUGCAGCUGUUCACCUACUUUCCCUACGGACCACAUCGCUGCCUCUCCGCGCUGCCCGUCUACUACACGUCCUUUCAGGACAUCCCCUCCCAGGGAUUCGGCCUCGGCAAGCCGCUCUUCCCCAGCAAACUGGGCAACCUGCACGGCUGCGAACUGGUGGCGAUCACCUUCGAGCACCGGCCGUACGUCAUCAUAGAGGAUGACCCGACGGUUCCGGGGGGCAGGACAUUGCACGGCAUCGAGGGCAUGAUCUUCCGAGCUCUGGCCGAGCGGAUGAACUUCACCAUGCGAAUGGUGGAGCGGAAGGACAAGGAUCGCGGGGAGGUUCUGCCAGAUGGCAACUACACGGGCAUUCUCAAAAUGAUGGUCGACGGCGAGGCGAACGUGACCUUCGUGUGCUACAUGUACAACAAGGCCCGCUCGGAUCUGAUGCUGCCCAGCGUCUCCUACACGAGCUUCCCGAUCGUGCUCGUGGUUCCCGGCGGAGGAUCGAUGACGCCGCUGGAGCGACUGACGCGUCCCUUCCGCCACAUCAUUUGGUCCUGCAUCCUGGCGAGCCUGGUGCUCGGAAUGCUGCUGGUGGCCCUGCUGCGAAUCUGCGCUGCUCCGCUGCUGAGGAUCCUGGUGCUGGGCGGGCACAACAGCUAUCCCUGCUUGGGGCUGUGGAACACCCUGCUGGGCAACCAGGCGAUGCACAAUCCGCGGCGGAACUUCGCGCGAUACCUCCUGCUGCUGUGGCUCCUGCAAACCCUGACCCUGCGGGCCGCCUACACGGGUCAACUGUAUCUGCUCCUGCAGGACGUGGAGGUGCGAUCGCCACUGAAGACGCUCGCCGAGGUGAUGGACAAGGGCUAUGUGUUCCACAUGCUGCCCGCCCUGCAGGUCGUGUUCAAGGACUCGCUGCCCAGCGAUCACAUGCGAGUGGUGAACACACUGGACGCCUCACUGUACCGGCUGAGGGAGGAGGACGACCCGGGCAUUGCGGUGCCGCUGCUGCAGCCCACCGUCUACUACUUCGACUACCGAUCGGGCAGGAACAGCCGCCACCUGACCACCCUUUCCGUGCCCCUGUUGACCGCCCCGCUGACCCUCUACAUGCGACCGCACUCGUACUUCAAGCACCGCAUCGAUCGCCUGCUCAUGGCCAUGAUGUCAUCGGGCAUCGUCUAUCGGUAUCGCCGCAUGUAUUUGGAUCGCAUCGAGCGGCUGGCCAAGAGCAAGCGGAACAUGGAGCCGCAGCCCCUGACCAUCUGGCGACUGGGCGGCAUCUUCUUCCUCGUAUCCGCUCUUCAUUUUGUGGCCAUCCUGGUUUUCAUACUGGAGCUGUUGGCCGCCAAGCAUCCGCGAUUGCGCAGGGCUAUGAAUGCAGUUAAUCGAUACACAGCUUAAGCUUUGCUUCAAUGCACGAAACUGUACUUUGUUGUUAGUUACAUAUUUAUCGAGAGUUAUCGAAAAAAAUAUAUUAUGCAAGCAAUAUUAACUUGAAUAUAAAAAUGUGUUUUUAAACUAGA